AUGGCGAUGGAUAUUUCCAAUGUUGCAACACCAGCCAAAUGUACGGCCGACUUCUGUCUGAUACCUAUAGGGACCCCGACUGCUUCCGUGUCGGCUCAGAUAGCAGAUGUUCAGCGAUUGAUGAAGAAAAGCGGCUUGAAAUAUUCCAUGCACUCCGCAGGAACGACUGUUGAAGGAUCCUGGGAAGAUGUGACACGGCUUAUUGGCCAAGCUCACACCAUCUUACACGACAAGGGAAUCGUGCGUAUCCAGACAGAUAUACGAAUUGGGAGUCGAACAGACAAAGCACAAACGAUGGAAGACAAGGUCGCAGCCGUGGAGAAGUUGCUUGCAAGUGAGUCGUAA